AUGGAGGCGGUCCGCGCCGUGCGAUUCCUGCUGGUGGUGUGCUGCUGCCUGGCGCUCCCGCCCCGGGCCCAGACCGUGUGCCCGGAGCGUUGCGACUGCCAGCACCCCCAGCACCUCCUGUGCACCAACAGGGGGCUCCGCGCUGUGCCCAAGACCAGCUCGCUGCCUAGCCCCCAGGACGUGCUGACCUACAGCCUAGGGGGCAACUUCAUAACCAACAUCACCGCCUUCGACUUCCACCGCCUGGGGCAGCUCAGACGGCUGGACCUGCAGUACAAUCAGAUCCGCUCUCUGCACCCCAAGACCUUCGAGAAGCUCUCGCGGCUAGAGGAGCUCUACCUGGGGAACAAUCUCCUGCAGGCGCUGGCGCCCGGCACGCUGGCCCCGUUGCGCAAACUGCGCAUCCUCUACGCCAAUGGGAACGAGAUUGGACGCCUAAGCCGCGGCUCCUUCGAGGGCCUGGAGAGUCUAGUGAAGUUAAGACUGGACGGGAACGCCCUGGGGGCGCUGCCGGACGCAGUCUUCGCCCCUUUGGGCAAUCUGCUCUAUCUCCAUCUGGAGUCUAACCGGAUCCGCCUUUUAGGGAAGAACGCCUUUGCCCAGCUGGGCAAACUGCGCUUCCUCAACCUCUCUGCCAACGAGCUCCAGCCCUCCCUGCGCCAUGCGGCCACUUUCGCGCCGCUGCGCUCCCUGUCCACUCUGAUCCUCUCCGCCAACAGCUUGCAGCACCUCGGCCCGCGGGUCUUCCAGCACCUGCCACGCCUCGGCCUGCUCUCUCUCAGGGGGAACCAGCUCACGCACCUCGCGCCUGAGGCCUUUUGGGGGCUGGAGGCCCUGCGCGAGCUGCGCCUGGAGGGCAAUCGGCUGAGCCAGCUGCCCUUGGCGCUGCUGGAGCCUCUGCACAGCUUAGAAGCGCUGGACCUGAGCGCCAACGAGCUGUCGGCCCUGCACCCCGCCACCUUUGGCCGCCUGGGCCGCCUCCGCGAGCUCAGCCUCCGCGACAAUGCCCUCAGUGCCCUCUCCGGGGACAUCUUCGCCGCCAGUCCGGCCCUCUACCGGCUGGAUCUAGACGGCAACGGCUGGACCUGCGACUGCCGGCUGCGGGGCCUGAAGCGCUGGAUGGGCGACUGGCAUUCUCAGGGCCGGCUCCUCACAGUCUUCGUGCAGUGUCGCCAUCCCCCGGCCCUGCGGGGCAAGUACCUGGAUUACCUGGAUGAGCAGCUGCUGCAGAACGGGUCUUGCGUGGAUCCCUCGCUCUCCCCGACCACAGACUGGCCAAGGCCCCUGCCCACCGCCGCAGGGGAGAAGAUGGCGUCCCUCGACGGAGAUCUCCUGGAGGUUCGUCCAGAUCAUCCGCAGCCCCAGCCUCGGGGGCGGGUUCUAGCCGGGGUGGCCUGGGAUGGGGCUGCCCGGGAACUCGUGAGCAACCGAAGUGCUCUAAGGUUGAGCCGACGGGGUCCGGGUCUCCGGCAUCAGAGCCCUUCGGUGGCGGCGGCGGCGGCUGCGGGCCCAGAUCCACCACCCCUGGACAGGCUGCAUGAGAAGCUGGAUAGGAAUCGCCCGACGCCUACCGACCCAGCUCAGGCAGAGGCCACCCAGACGGCAGAACCCGCCUCCGUGCCGCCGCCUGCCAGAGACUCCCGGCAGCGUGCCGCCAAGCAGCGCCUGGCUGCGGAGCCGCAGGAGCGCGCAGCCCAGUCCGACGGCGGGGCCGGCCUGUCGCCGCUGGUGUCCGACCCGUGCGACUACAACAAGUACGUCCUGUGCAACCUGACGGUGGAGGCGGUGGGCACCGACAGCGCCUCGGUGCGCUGGGCCGUGCGUGAGCACCGCAGCCCGGGGCCGCCGGGCGGCGCGCGCUUCCGCCUGCUUUUCGAUCGCUUUGGCCAGCAGCCCAAGUUCCAUCGCUUCGUCUACCUGCCGGAGCGCAGCGACUCGGCCACGCUGCGCGAGCUGCGCGGAGACACCCCUUACCUGGUAUGCGUGGAGGGCGUGCUCGGGGGCCGAGUCUGCCCCGUGGCCCCCCGGGAUCACUGUGUAGGGUUGGUCACCUUGCCAGAGGCGGGGAGCCGGGGUGGCGUCGACUACCAACUGCUGAUUCUGGCUCUGCUGGCAGUGAACGCGCUGCUGGUGUUCCUAGCCCUGGCGGCCUGGGCCUCGCGCUGGCUGCGGAGGAAGCUGCGCGCCCGGCGGAAGGGCGGAGCCCCGGUGCACGUGCGCCACAUGUACUCCACCCGACGGCCGCUGCGCUCCAUGGGCACCGGUGUGUCCGCGGACUUCUCGGGGUUCCAGUCCCACCGGCCGCGCACCACGGUGUGCGCGCUCAGCGAGGCGGACCUCAUCGAGUUCCCUUGCGACCGCUUCAUGGACAGUACGGGUGGCGGGACGGGUGGCAGCUUGAGGAGGGAGGACCACCUCCUGCAACGAUUCGCCGACUAG